GUGAACAUUGUUUUCUCGUACAAAGCCACCCGCGCCCUUACAAUCCCUUUUGUGUUUGUUUGUACCUUGGCAUUGAUGCCUUCGCAAACCAAUUCAAAGUUUAAAUUUGAAAACAAAAUUACAAACAAGCACCGAUUUUUCCAAAGAUUCGAUUCGAUUCCAUUUUUCCCAGAUCCUUGAAUUGAUCCCAAGUUCAGAAUCCUCAAUCAAUCACAUUCAAUUCAGCAUCGUUCUUCAUAUAGCCUAUUUGCUCAAUCACACUUGCCUAUCAUCCAUUCAUAUUUCGUAUCAAUCUCUGUUUCGUUUAUUCAAUUUGAUCAAAACCUCCUCAUAUUUCUCGAAUCUUUGAAUCAGUUCGAGUUUUGAAUUUCUGAAUAUUAGAGUAGCCAAAUUUCUUUUCCGGGUGAAUUUACAUAAUGUUAAGUACAACCUCGUUGCCGUCAGCUCUGCCAGAUUCCGCCGUAGACCCCUCUCCCCUUCUUCCUUACUCCGUCUCCGAUCAAGUGCUCCGACGGACGUCGGGGCCGUUACGGAGCGCGGCGCGGUUCUUCCGGCAUGCUAGCGGGCGGCGGAUGAUGCUCCGGGAGACGUCGGUGCGAGUGCGGGAGAACGCGGCGGAGCAGCUGGAAGCGCGUCAGAGUAACUGGGCGUUCUCGAAGCCGGUGGUGAUCCUGGAUGUCGUUUGGAACUUGGCGUUUGUGAUUAGCGGGAUUGUCGUUUUGGGGCUGAGCGUUGAGGAGAAGCCUUCGGUGCCUUUGAGGGUGUGGAUUUGUGGGUACUUGCUUCAAGGUGCGUUUCAUUGUGUGCGUGUGACUCUUAGGUAUAGACGAUACAUGCAAGCCCAAGCUCGUUCUGCGUCCGAAGAACGGUAUGAGAAUGGGAUUUCUUGGGAAAGAGGUGUAGAUUUUAAUUCUAGUUCUGGGAGUGAUAUUGGCGAUGCAAAUGAUUCAGCUGACGGACAGGAUCAGGACGGAUAUAGCAUCAGAAAGCGCAUGGAAUCUGUAAAUACCAUGUUCUCAUUCAUAUGGUGGCUUCUUGGAUUUUAUUGGAUUACUACAGGAGGCCAGAGCUUGACCCAAGAUGCCCCUCUGCUUUACUGGCUUUGUAUUACCUUCCUUGCUGUCGACAUUGUAAUUGUUUUGCUCUGCGUGGUUGUGGCAUGCCUGGUUGGUAUUGCUGUUUGCUGCUGUCUUCCAUGCAUACUUGCAUUUUUGUCAGCGGUGGCGGAUAAGGAAGGGGCAACCAAGGAAGAAAUCAAUCGGUUGCCGCAAUACAAGUUCAGGAGAACUGAUGAACAUAAGCCUAAUGUUGAUGGUGAUGAUGCCGAAGCUUCAUCUUGUAAAGGAAUAAUGACAGAAUGUGACAGCGAUUCACCAGCAGAACACGUUCUUCCCACGGAAGAUGCAGAGUGCUGCAUCUGCCUGUGUCCCUAUGAGGAUGGGGCUGAGCUAAGAGAACUUCCCUGUACCCACCAUUUCCACACGGACUGCAUCGACAAGUGGUUGUACAUCAACGCCAACUGCCCUCUCUGCAAGUUCAAUGUUCAUACUGGAAACCAUUCGCAAGUUUGAAUUGGAGAAGAGGAUGCGUUUUCACAUUAGAUCAUGUGCUUUUUCUCAUGCAUGCUCUAACCAGCAUCAUACUGGCACUUGUUCCUGCUAUGUAUGUGAUUAAGAUGAGUUUAAUAUGUAAUACUUAGUAUGGUUGUAAUAAUAAAUUUAAUUUAACGGUUAAAGUAGGAAUGCAUAUGGAUGCCUCAUCUUAUACUCUGGAGCGGAGGGUUUGUUGUGGAGAGUGUAUAUAUGGGCUUGAAAGAAUUACAGUGAGAUCCUAAAAAAAGAAAAUAAUUACUAGCAUCAAUGACAAGUGAGCUGUUUUAUUUAUUACCUUGUAAUUUGUCAUUGUAUGCUGCUCUAUUGUUAUUGGGACUUUUUAGUAAUUAUGUUUCUUAUUUAGAAUUUCAUAGA